AUGCCUAUGCCCUCUCAAUAUCCGCCUUCGUCUGCGCCAUCGCCUUCUGAGAACGGGGAUUCCGUUUCUUCACGCUCCAGUUCCAACCGGGUUCUAUCCUUAUUUCACCUGACCCGUCACAAAUCAUCUUCCUCCCAGUCUCAGUUGCGCCAUCAGAACACUGAUUCCCCUACUAUUUCCAUCAAGUCUCACUCUGACUUGCUUCCUCAAAAUUCAUAUUCUUCUUCACAAAUUGGUGACCGCGAACAGUCUAUCGACCCUUUAGAAUCUGCCGAAUCAUCAACUCACAGAGAUUCGGCUUCUUCAAACAGCAAUAUCGUCAAUCCUGAAGACAUAUUUGAACCUCCUUCGAGUUCCAUUCCGAUUCCUACUCCAGCUUUGGAAUCUGCUUCUCAGCGCCAACAUGAUAAUUCACUGCAUUCUAGAUCCAGUAGCUCCAAAUUACUCGUUUCGAAAGGCUUGUGCAAUUCUGCUCAGCGUCGUUCCUCCUCCUUGAUGUUUCAGGCACCUCAUCUCAUCACAGAAGAUUUUACAUCACCCGUCUUGGAUUCUACUGUCGAGCUCAUCACUAAUCAGAACCUUAAUGACGUCGACGUCGUUCAACUCAGCCACAGCAAUCCACAGUCAACCCUUCUUCGCUCUGUCAAGCAUAGAGCCAGUUCUGCAGGAUCCUGUACAAGUAAUAAUACACUGUCUGCUGGAUAUUCGCCAAUUUCAAGGCGCCAAUCGGAUAUUCAGUUUAACUUUUGUGUGAAAUCGCCACCCCGGUCUCCUCUUCGGUGUUCUCCUCCACCAACGAAUCCUAUGAAUUUUGGUUCCAGUCGUUCUUCACUUUCCGGCGAUUCGCUCUUGGGCCAUAAUUCACAUUCAGGAGAACCCGGUCGUAAAAGUAUCAGCUUUUACUCUUAUUCGGAUCUCGUUAACUACGAGCGUUCGGCCCGCUUGUCUCGCGAUCUAAUCAUGUCUCCAAGUACCGCUGCUUCUGUGAGCCUGGAUACUGAGUCUCCAGAUAUCGCACCUCUAAGUCUCUCUGAUAUGAUAGAUGACCAUAUCAAUCCUUCCCAGCCUCCUCCUAUUCAAGAGAAGCCACAGCUACUACGUUCUCAGUUGCAGAUGACUGAAAGAGAUGGGGCCGUCAACUCCGGCUUGACUUCUCCUCCUUCCACCACUGAUGACAAUUGCGAUUUGUUUUCUCUUACCUCUCAUAGUGGGAAGGAAAAUGUUAACUCCGUGUCAUCGACGGGUAAUAUGGAGGAAUCCGAAUCUGUUCGUGCCUGGUCUCCAUUUACCGAUUAUAAAGCUCGUUCCAUGUCUGACUCCGCAAGAAUGGAUGGCCCCGCAGGGGCUAAAUUGAAUUCAUGUAUUAUUCGUGGAGGUCCAUCAUUUACCACUGCAGAGGCAUCUAAUACCAUGACACCAGCUCCCAAUUACAUUGCAGAUUCUGUCAAUGUUUGCUCUGCUAAAGAUUUUCUCAAAUCAAAAUCAAGGCAGUUGUGCGGUCGAGCCAAUACCACAACACAUUCGGGAAGCCCAAGCGUAACCAUUGGUGCUGACUCUGACUCUACCGAAUGA